CUGAAGAAACUUCUUCUUCUUCUUCUUCGGUACGGCGCAAGCCAAGGCCAUGGCCGCUCGCCUCCGCCUCGCGCUGCUGUUCUCCGUUUGCCUGUCCGCCGCGUGGGCUCGCCUUGAGCCGAGCAUCCGGCUGCCGUCGGAGCGCGCGGCGGCGGAGGCGGAAACUGACGACUCCGUCGGGACAAGGUGGGCCGUGCUCAUCGCCGGCUCCAACGGCUACUACAACUACCGCCACCAGGCGGACAUCUGCCAUGCGUACCAGAUCAUGAAGAAGGGCGGGCUCAAGGACGAGAACAUCAUCGUCUUCAUGUACGACGACAUCGCGCACAGCCCGGAGAAUCCCAGGCCCGGUGUCAUCAUCAACCAUCCCAAGGGUAGCGAUGUCUAUGCUGGGGUGCCAAAGGAUUACACUGGGAGGGAGGUCAACGUCAAGAAUUUCUUUGCUGUUCUGCUCGGCAACAAAACCGCUGUCAGUGGUGGGAGCGGCAAGGUCGUGGACAGCGGCCCCAAUGAUCAUAUUUUCGUCUUUUACAGUGACCAUGGGGGCCCUGGUGUCGUUGGGAUGCCUACCUAUCCAUACCUCUACGGUGAUGACCUCGUGGAUGUUCUGAAGAAGAAGCACGCUGCUGGAACCUACAAAAGCCUGGUCUUUUACCUUGAAGCAUGCGAAUCUGGGAGCAUCUUUGAGGGCAUGCUGCCGGAUGACAUCAAUGUCUACGCGACCACCGCAUCAAAUGCAGAGGAGAGCAGCUGGGGGACGUACUGCCCCGGCCAGUACCCGGAACCCCCGCCGGAGUACGACACCUGCUUGGGGGACUUGUACAGUGUUUCUUGGAUGGAAGACAGUGAUAUCCACAAUCUGCGAACUGAAUCUCUCAAGCAGCAGUACCAGUUGGUCAAGGAUAGGACAGCAGUUCAGAACACGUACAGCUUUGGUUCCCAUGUGAUGCAAUACGGUUCAUUGGACCUGAGUGUUCAACAUCUGUUCUUGUACAUUGGCUCAAAUCCUGCUAACGACAACGCCACAUUUGUGGAAGAUAACUCAUUGCCGUCUUUCUCAAGAGCUGUUAAUCAGCGUGAUGCUGAUCUUGUUUACUUCUGGCAGAAGUACCGGAAAUUGGCUGAGGGCUCACCUGAGAAAAACGAUGCUCGGAAGCAAUUGCUUGAAGUGAUGGCCCACAGAUCUCAUGUUGACAACAGUGUUGAGCUGAUCGGUAACCUUCUAUUUGGCUCUGAGGAUGGUCCAGUGGUUCUGAAGGCUGUUCGUGCAUCUGGUAAACCUCUGGUUGAUGACUGGAGCUGCCUCAAGUCUAUGGUACGUGCUUUUGAAGCGCAAUGCGGGUCGUUGGCGCAGUAUGGAAUGAAGCACAUGCGGUCCUUUGCAAACAUCUGCAACGCUGGCGUCCGUCCUGAAGCAGUGUCGAGGAUUGCUGCUCAGGCCUGCACUAGCAUUCCUUCCAACCCUUGGAGCUCCAUCCACAAGGGUUUUAGUGCUUAAUGAACCAUAGGUGAAGGAGCAUUAGCCAAUAUUUCGGCUAUCCCACCAUACGAAAUUUCCUUUGCAUCCUUCAGUUCAACAAGUUCCUUCCCUUGCUGUCCCCUGGACAUGUAGCUCCAAUUCCAGGGGUGUUAGUACUUGAACCAUAUGUGAAGCAUACUUAUGCCAUUAUUUCAGCUGUUCCACAAUGCCAGAUUACCUUAGUUAUGCUCCAUUUCCGAUGUACAUACAUGGUGUGAUGGUUAUUUGGUCAUUACUGUACAUAUUACAUAUACUUUGUCAUCAGAUGUAUAGUGUGUACUACAAUAAAUGAAGAAUGCUUUGGUGCUAUUUUUA